GGCGGUAUGCCGAUAUGGUCCAUGGCGGCUGGUCAGCCGAGGACACGGCGUACUGCGCCGCAGAGCUGCCCUCGACACUGGCGCGGGGCGGGUUCGUGCUGCAGGCGGGCUCGCCCGGCGUCCCAUACGACGCCCACGCAGUGGUGGACCCGUCGCACGGCCUGCCGUCGGCGCUCUGGGAGCGAAGGCUCUUCUUCGGCCGCGAGCCUGAGCGCGAGCUCUCCGUGGGCGGUGCAGCCGAGAUGAGCAUCGGCAGAGCGCCGAGCGGGUGGUCGUGCCAGCAGACCGUCGGCCUCGCGGUGAGCGGGGCUUGCCACCUCACUAUUCGAAGGGAGCGGUGUUCAGACCCUCACGGUGCGUCGCGCGAACCAGUGGCGUGACGCUCUGAACGGAAGUCGGCCGCGUAGCCGGCUAGCUGGCCAACUUGAUUGCUUGGGCGGAUCGGCUACUCACCUCUCACGCGAAUUUCAGAGAAUUUUCGCACCGAUGGUUCUUGCUCCCCAUCGAGCUGUUCUUGGAUCUUGCCAGAAGGAGGCUAUUCCUGUUUUUC